AUGCAAACUCACCCUUUCUCCUACAUACCCUCUUGUCCAAGAAGUGCCUUCUUAGAACCUGAUCAUGAUCAUGAAGCUGUAGUUGAUGAAGCCUCCAUCUCCCUCUCUCUUGGCCCUCCUGGCCAACAACACAACCCCAAAGUCUCUUCCUCCUUCUCAAACCACCCUUCUACUCUGCACCAUCAUCACCAGCAAAACCCUACCUCUGAAGACCAAAGUGGUGUAACUGUUGCCCUUCACAUUGGCCUUCCCAAUCCCACUACUUCACCAAACAGCACCAACCACCCCACUACCAAACCUCAUGAUCUUCAUUUGGCUUCUACUCCCAUUCAGGGUCAAUAUUGGAUCCCUUCUCCUGCUCAAAUCCUCAUUGGACCCACCCAGUUCUCUUGCACUGUUUGCAACAAAAUGUUCAACCGAUUCAACAACAUGCAGAUGCAUAUGUGGGGACACGGGUCACAAUAUAGGAAAGGGCCUGAAUCAUUGAGAGGGGCAAAGCCAGCUUCUUCAAUGCUAAGGCUUCCUUGCUAUUGUUGUGCUGAGGGGUGCAAGAACAACAUAGAUCAUCCAAGGUCAAGGCCAUUGAAGGAUUUUAGGACACUUCAGACACACUACAAGAGAAAGCAUGGAGCAAAGCCAUUUGGGUGUAGGAAGUGUGGGAAACCAUUUGCUGUAAGAGGGGAUUGGAGAACACACGAGAAGAAUUGUGGGAAGCUUUGGUUUUGCAUCUGUGGCUCUGAUUUCAAGCACAAGAGGUCUCUCAAAGACCAUGUUCGUGCCUUUGGUGAUGGUCACGCUCCACACACUGUGGAGAGUUGUGAUCAAAUGGGAGAAGACGAAUUAUUAGGUGAUGAAGAUGAUGAGGACUUAGAAUUAGAUGAAGAAGAUGAAGAUGAUAGUAAUAAUAAUAGUGAAAGAGAGAAAGGGUGCGAGAAGAUGGAGACAAACAGUGAAAUGAAAGCUAAGGUUCUUGCAUUUAAUGCCAGAAGUGGCAAGAGAGAGAGAGGUAGUCAAGAGUAUUCAGUGACUGCAGAUGAGAGACAGACAUGCAGACAAGGGCAGUCACAGAUUCUACUGUUCAAAACUUUGCAUUUGCAUUGCCAUAGAUAUUGA